GAAAGAUUAUAUUCUAUAAUUGAAAUAUAAUGGAUAUUAUUCUAUAAUUGUUUUUUGUUAAAUUAUAUUAUAUAUUUAUAUAAUGAAAUUAAUAACAGUAUUUACAUACAAUAAAUAUAUUAUACCAUUACAUCAUUACAUCUGAGGGAAAAUCUCUUUAAUAUAAAAGAAAUGAUUAAAAUCUAUCAGAUUUGUUACUUUCUACAUAAAAGGUUUAUAAAUUAAAAAACUUCUUCGGUCUUUGAGAAUUUUCUUUCAUCUGUCCUUUCGAAUUCUACAAGAUCUCUUAGACUUCCUCUGCUCCAUCACUUUCUGUGCUCCUCCAUCGAUGGCGGAUAAUCAUCCCGAGGAUGAGCCUUCUCUCUCAGUCGUCAUCCAGAAUACUUCAUCAGUGAAACAAGAUGAACUUUUCCAUUGUCACAAAAUGAGCCCUGGGAGUUGCUUUCUCCUCCCUCACGGCACUCGUGUAUACAACAAGUUGAUUGAAUUCAUUAAGAAAGAAUAUUGGAAAAGGGGUUACGAAGAGGUUAUUUCACCGAAUAUUUACAACAUGAAACUCAGGGAAAAAUCCAAAGAUGCUGCAAGCUAUAAGGAAAAUAUGUUUACAUUUGAUAUUGAUAAACAAGACUUUGGGCUCAAAUCUAUCAAUGGCCCUGGUCACUGCUUGAUGUUCGAACACAGAGUUCGGUCCUGUAGAGAAUUACCCAUUAGGCUGGCUGAGUUUGGAGUGUUACAUCGAAAUGAGGCAAGUGAAGCUCUUAGUGGUUUGACCCAUACCCGUCGGUUCCAGCAGGAUGAUGCACAUAUAUUCUGUACAAAGGACCAGGUUAAAAGGGAAGUCAAAGAUGUAUUGGAUUUUGUUGACUAUGUUUACACAAAAUUUGGCUUUACCUAUGAGCUAAAGCUCUUAACGAGGCCAGAGGAAAACACUAAAGAUUUUCAAAGAUGGGAGGAAGGUGAAAAUGAUCUUGUAGAAGCACUACAAGAAUUUGGAAAGCCAUUCACUGUGAACAGAGGAGUGGGUGCAUUGUGUGGCCCAAAGAUAGACAUAACAUUGUCUGAUGCAAUGAAAAGGAAGUUCCAGUGUGCUAGUAUACAGCUCGAUUUUCAACUACCUGAUCACUUCAAACUUCGGUACUCACCCUCAGAUGAGGAAAAAAAGGAAAAUGUUAUGAUACAUAGUAAAGUGUUGGGAUCUGAGGAUAAGGAUAAAGGGGUGAGACCUUUUAUGAUACAUAGAACGGUGUUGGGAUCUUUUGAGCGUAUGCUUGCCAUAUUGUUAGACCAUUACAAAGGAAAAUGGCCGUUCUGGAUUAGUCCAAGGCAGGUGAGAAGACAGAUUCAUGAAGCUGGGUACCAUGUUGAUGUUGACACAACAGACAGAAACAUCAGUGAGAAGGUGGGAGAAGCUGAGAUCGUGCAGUACAACUACAUUCUAGUUGUGGGUGAUGAAGAAGUUGCGACGAGACAGGUGACUGCUCUGCUCAGAGACUCAAGCUGUUCAGACCGUUCAAAAGUUCCAAUGAUGAGCGUUGACGCUCUGCUCGAUGUGUUCAAGCUCAGGAUUGUCAAAUUUCUUUGAAAUUCAAUGGGCUUAAACUUAAUAGUUUGUUGAUCAUGUGUUUCUUUAUUGGUUUUCAUAUUGGUUUAUGUCUUUUCAGUGGAAACCUCUAUAAAUUUGUUAUGGAUGUUAUCGCAUUACAAAACCUUUAUAAACUUCUAUUUAAAAGAGUAA